CCAGGUCAGACUGAAUGUGUGUCGGUUUCAUUCUAUUUCUUCAGCCAUUUUCAAUUUGACUGCCAAUCCGAUCGGGUAUAAUUCCUUUCGAGAGCCAAACAUCUAAUGAGUGACAAAGACUCACUCGAGCCGGAAGGAAUUGAGAUAGAACCCCUGGACGAGUACGAAUGCCUGGAGCUAGAGAAAAUAAUCAUAAACGAAUGGGGAAUGCAGCGAAGUUCAUUGAACAGAAUGAUUUAUUGCGGCAUCACGGUACGAUGUCUGGAGGUGAUACAAGAUGCGGAGUUAAAUGAACUAUUCAAUGACCCGCGAAUGUUGGGUCAGAAGAUUGUAUUCAAACACAAGGUGAGAGAGCUGCAGGCGAAUGCAACAUUUCAGAUUGUUAGUCCGCGAAAGCGGCGUCGUUGUUCAGCUGAAAUUGGCAACAUAAACAAAGUUGAAGAGCCGCGUGACAUGUUAAUGUUUCCUAAAAAACUAAAAGUGGAGGAAGAUUCUCUAGAGGACCCAUCCUUUCUCGAGCCAGUUCAAUCGCUGGAGUCUUCCGAUCAAGCAAUUCCGAUUCAUGAACUUCCAAUCGAGAACGGGAGCACCAUCAAAGCGUCCACGGCACAUUCCGUAGCAGGUCAUUUGCCGAUUCGAAUUUCACCCGAUGGACUCCGCCAGUUGCUGCAAGCCAGCUGCCAGGGCCAGUGGGUACUUUCAUACUUCAAUACGUACCACACGAUGAAUCGCAAGACGCAGGCUGCUCUCACGCAUUGCAUUGUGGAACAGUUCCUAGUGUACAACAUCAUGUUCUCCCACCGGCUAAUGCGCCAUUAUGCUCACGUCAUUACGCAACUGUUUCCCACCGAAAACGCGGAGGUAUACUACAAGCCAGCGCAAACCCUCGGCUGGAAGCGAACGUGCGCCUCGGGCAAACUCAUGGAUCGCUGGGCUAAUCAACGGAUGCGUCACAAGGAUCGUUACCCUCAGCAGCGGCCGCGCAUACUGGACGACAUGUCCGACCAGAGAACGUUUGCGGAAAUGUCGUUGGUCAUCGGGUUGGUGUGAUGAGUGAAGAGAGAUGAUGAUGAUGCACGGUAUUAAUGCACGUAUACAAGUAUAUAUAAUAUAUUAUUACAUAUAACUGUUAAUAGAGAUAGUAAGGCUAACUAGUCAGGACAACUAUUCGAAAUUAUCCAUACGUUACUUAAUAAAUGAUAGAUCUGCAAACAUAA